CCGCCGCUGCUGGCCAAGGUGCUGGACACGACAGGCCGGCCGGCCACCUCGUCAGUUCAGGAUCCAGUUGCAGCCGCCGCUGCUUCGCUCCCAGCAAGGUCCCCAUGGAAGAGAUGGAAGAAGAGUUAAAAUGCCCCGUGUGCGGCUCCUUCUAUCGGGAGCCCAUCAUCCUGCCCUGCUCUCAUAAUAUAUGUCAGGCGUGCGCCCGCAACAUCCUGGUGCAGACCCCGGAGUCGGAGUCGCCCCAGAGCCGACGGGCCUCGGGCUCCGGGGUCUCCGACUAUGACUAUCUGGACCUUGACAAGAUGAGCCUGUACAGCGAGGCGGACAGCGGCUAUGGCUCCUACGGGGGGUUCGCCAGCGCUCCCACUACCCCGUGCCAGAAGUCCCCCAACGGCGUACGUGUGUUCCCCCCGGCUAUGCCGCCACCGGCCACACACCUGUCACCGGCCUUGGCCUCGGUGCCCCGCAACUCCUGUAUCACCUGCCCCCAGUGCCACCGCAGCCUCAUCCUGGAUGACCGGGGUCUCCGCGGCUUCCCCAAGAACCGCGUCCUGGAAGGGGUAAUUGACCGCUACCAGCAGAGCAAAGCGGCGGCCCUUAAGUGCCAGCUUUGCGAGAAGGCACCCAAGGAGGCCACCGUCAUGUGCGAACAGUGCGAUGUCUUCUACUGUGAUCCGUGCCGCCUGCGUUGCCACCCGCCCCGGGGGCCCCUAGCCAAGCACCGCCUGGUGCCCCCGGCCCAGGGCCGCGUGAGCCGGCGGCUGAGCCCGAGAAAGGUCUCCACCUGCACAGACCACGAGCUGGAGAACCACAGCAUGUACUGCGUGCAGUGCAAGAUGCCCGUGUGCUACCAGUGCUUGGAGGAAGGCAAACACUCCAGCCACGAAGUCAAGGCUCUGGGAGCCAUGUGGAAACUGCACAAGAGCCAGCUUUCCCAGGCACUGAACGGGCUGUCGGACAGGGCCAAGGAAGCCAAGGAGUUCCUGGUGCAGCUGCGCAACAUGGUCCAGCAGAUCCAGGAGAACAGUGUGGAGUUCGAGGCCUGCCUGGUAGCUCAGUGUGACGCCCUCAUUGACGCCCUCAACAGGAGGAAAGCCCAGCUGCUCGCCCGUGUCAACAAGGAGCACGAGCACAAGCUAAAGGUGGUUCGAGAUCAGAUCUCUCACUGCACAGUGAAGUUGCGCCAGACCACGGGUCUCAUGGAGUACUGCCUGGAGGUGAUUAAGGAAAAUGAUCCUAGUGGCUUUUUGCAGAUUUCUGACGCCCUCAUAAGGAGAGUGCACCUGACUGAGGAUCAGUGGGGGAAAGGCACACUCACUCCCAGGAUGACCACGGACUUCGACUUGAGUCUGGACAACAGCCCUCUGCUGCAGUCUAUCCACCAGCUCGACUUUGUGCAGAUGAAAACUUCCUCUCCAGUCCCAGCGACUCCCAUCUUACAGCUGGAGGAGUGCUGCACCCACAACAACAGCGCUACGCUGUCCUGGAAACAGCCGCCCCUGUCCACGGUGCCCGCCGAAGGAUACAUUCUGGAGCUGGAUGACGGCAAUGGUGGUCAGUUCCGGGAAGUGUAUGUUGGAAAGGAGACCAUGUGCACCGUGGAUGGUCUUCACUUCAACAGCACAUACAAUGCUCGCAUCAAGGCCUUCAACAAAACAGGAGUCAGCCAGUACAGCAAGACCCUGGUCCUCCAGACGUCCGAGGACACAGAUUCAGAAGAACAGACAGUCCCUUUUCCAGUGCCUUCGGAAAGAUUGCCGCUCCGUAGAAUGAGUCCUUUCUCCUCCACCCUUAAUCUACAGCCCAGCUUCCCCAGGAGAUCCUACUUUGAUUUCCGAUCCUCACCCCAUCAGCUGAGCUUGCAUUCCUCUUUACAGUCUCUCAAUGCACCUGGAUGCAAUUUUGAGACACAAUCUGCACCUUACUCUCAAUUAGUUGAUAUUAAAAAGCUGUUGGCAGUGGCCUGGUUUGCUUUUGACCCUGGCUCGGCGCACUCUGACAUCAUCUUCUCCAAUGACAACCUGACUGUGACCUGCAGUAGCUACGAUGACCGGGUGGUGCUGGGGAAGACUGGCUUCUCCAAGGGUGUCCAUUACUGGGAGCUCACGGUGGAUCGCUAUGACAACCACCCAGACCCUGCCUUUGGUGUGGCUCGCAACAACGUGAUGAAGGAUGUGAUGUUAGGAAAGGACGACAAAGCCUGGGCAAUGUAUGUGGACAACAACCGGAGCUGGUUCAUGCACAACAACUCGCACACCAACAGAACUGAGGGAGGGAUCACAAAGGGGGCCACGAUCGGGGUCCUCCUAGACUUAAAUAGAAAAACCUUGACAUUUUUUAUCAACGACGAGCAGCAAGGUCCCAUCGCGUUUGAGAACGUGGAAGGGCUGUUCUUCCCGGCAGUCAGCCUGAACAGGAACGUGCAGGUCACGCUCCACACGGGGAUCCCAGUCCCCGACUGCUACUCCAGCAGAGCAUCAAUAGCCUAA